AUGACGUCCUCCUCAACCUCCUCAACCAUCGUCUCGUCGCCGGGCAAGGUCCUCAUGGCCGGUGGCUACCUCGUCCUCGACCCCGCGUACUCGGGCAUCGUGGUGUCUACCAGCUCGCGCUUCUACACCGUCAUCGACACGAUCUCCGAGCUCCCCGCGCCUGGCCCGAUCCAGAUCCGCGUCAGAUCGCCGCAAUUCCUGGACGCGACCUGGCUCUACUUCGUCGAGUUCGAUGGCCCGGACGUUGUGCGCGUCGAGCAGGUCGCAGACAACUCAGCGAGCGCCUCCGCGACCAAGAACAAGUUCGUACAUCUGGCGCUACAGCGCACGUUGACGCUCGCGACCGAGCUCAAAAGCGCUGGGACGUUGCAGAACUCGCUCUCGCAUGGUUUGGACAUCACUAUUGCAGGCGACAAUGACUUCUACUCCCAGCGCGCGCAGCUCUCCGCCCAGAAUCUUCCGCCAACCCUGGAGUCGCUAGAGAAACUCCCUCCGUUCAACAAGACCGGCGUGCGUCUCGCGGAGGUGCACAAGACGGGCAUGGGAUCCUCCGCGGCGUUGAUCACCUCUCUCGUCUCCGGGCUCCUAUUGCACCUCAACAUCAUCCCCGCGGACUCUUUUGCGACAGAGGGUGGCACAGAAUCCGCCAGCGAGGGGCGAAAACUCGCGCACAACCUCGCACAGUAUAUCCACUGUCUCGCGCAGGGCAAGGUCGGCAGCGGCUUCGACGUCUCCGCGGCCGUGUUCGGAAGCCAGCUGUACACGCGCUUCGACCCUACCGUCAUCGCGCCCCUGAUGUCCGAUUCGACCGUGAGUCCCUCUCAUGAGCCACUGCAUCCUGUCAUAUCGCCUUCGAACGAGGCAUGGAACUACCGCGUCCAGCCGUUCAAGCUCCCCCCGCAGACGCGGCUCAUGCUCGCCGACGUUGACGCGGGCUCUGACACGCCCUCGCUCGUCGGCAAGGUGCUGAAGUGGCGGAAAGAGAAUCCCGAGGAGGCAAAGAAGCUGUGGGACACCAUCGACGCGCUCAACACCAAGCUGGCCAAGGUGCUGUCCGGGCUCUCGGAUACUGAGACGAAGAAUCCCACCGCGUACCGGAAGGCGGUGAAGUACAUCUCGACGAUCCAGAGCGUGCAGUGGCUCGCGAACCCGAACAUCACGCAAAACGGCGACCACGCCGCGUUCAAGGAGGUCAUCGAGACCUUCGUAGAAGCACACCAAAUAACCGAGGCGACGCUAAGAGUGCUGCAGGACAUCCGCGCUAACAUGCGCAAGAUGGGAGAGCUCUCCUCCGUGCCAAUCGAGCCACCAGAACAGACCGCUCUCCUCGACACCUGCGUCUCUGUCGCAGGCGUCGUGGGCGGAGGGGUUCCGGGAGCGGGGGGCUACGACGCGCUCUGGCUGCUCGUGUGCGACCCGCCAAAUUGCCCGCGCGAAGAGCUUCCCUCUGCGCGUGUCGAGCGGGUGUGGAGCACGUACAAGGACUUAGACGUCUCGCCACUCCUCGCGUCGGAGAGCAUCGCGAAGGGCGUGCGGGUAGAGAAGUUGGAAGAGGUCAAGGGGCUAGAGGAGGUCGUGCACGCGCACUGA